CACCUGUCUGAGGUUUUCUUAGUAGAAACUGUCUACGCUAAUUGCGCUGCUAACUAAAAAGAAAAGAAAACAGGCAUCCCAAUCUGAUCUAGGCUGGCAAUGCCUCGCCCGCGACCGAAAAAGCUCCGUCACCGUGUUAGUCUCGAUUGUCGAAUGCCGUGCAGUUUUAACCAUUGAAUUGCCACUCAGAAGUGACAAACUAUGCAAUUAAAUUAAUCAGCUCGCCCUUUGACUUCAGUUGCCCUUCGUCUCGUUGCGUUGAACCCGAUGUUUCCUUUCCCUGUGACAAUCUGUUGUACUUAACUGUACGACACGGGGAUUUACAUACCUGAGAAACAUCUCUCACAUUUGUGUAACCAGCCCUUGCUUGCCUCAGUCUGCAGCUCCUAUCCAUUCUCAUCCCUCCCUGGUCUAGGGAUCAGCCUCCACUGUCGCAUUCCGUCAUCGUAACUAACCUAAAGUUUGCUGAAAUCUCCUUCAGCCAGCCCGCGGCCUUUUCACUACCUUGGGUUCUCCCUCCAGCUCCCGGGCUCAUUUUUCUCCAUCUGCAACACCAACAAAACUUCACUUUCAUUAUCCUUUUCCCACGAUAAGAGUGAGCACCCUCUUUUGGUGCUCGUGUCAUUUCUUCGCCAUGGGUAUUCUUCAAAAGAUGGCUUGGUCCAAGAGUACCAGGAUCAAGGUGAUGAUAGCCAUUGACACUUUGUUUUUCCUCGUCGAGAUCGUCUCUGGCUUCCUGGCCCACUCGCUGGCUCUCAUGGCCGAUGCUUUUCACAUGCUCAAUGAUAUCAUCUCGCUGGUUAUCGGCCUCUGGGCUGUGUCCGCCGCACAAAAGACCUCCACUGACGAAUUCACCUUUGGCUGGGUUCGCGCAGAGAUUCUUGGUGCCUUUUUCAACGCUGUUUUCCUUAUCGCCCUCUGUGUUUCCAUCGUCCUCGAAGCAUUGACCCGAUUCAUCGAACCACCCGAGAUCAAUAACCCCAAGCUCAUGCUCAUUGUCGGUUCUGCCGGCCUGUUCUCCAACUUUGUCGGUUUCUUUGUCCUCGGCGGCCACGGUCACUCUCAUGGACCCGCCGAACACGACCACGAUCAUGAGCAUGGACACUCUCACGCUCACGUCCACGACGAAGAGGAGGGCAACGCGGGUUACCAAACCCAGGGCACUCUUGCAGACGAAAGUGGUCGUGCUGCUGAGGUUCUACCCGAGGCCGUGAUCCGCCGUGCAACGGCUUCCAAGAAGUCCAGCGGCAAAUCCAGCGAACAGCGACAUAGCCGAGAUGCAUCCACACGAGGCCGCGACUAUCAUCGAUCCAGUAGGAGUGGACAUACUCGUUUCGCUAGUCUCGAUGACUUGAGCAUUCACCCAGCAAGUUUCCGACAAAGCAUUAUCGAAGCUACGCGUGGCGAGACCAACGAAAGCGAGAGCGAGAGUGAGACCGACGCCGAGAACUCUCUGAUAAUGGAAGAGGCCGAGGCGCAUGAGGAGUCACCUCUUCUCAAAGACGUUACUAAGAAAGGUUCUUCCCUUGGCCACAAUAGAAAAGGCUCCCACUCUCAUUCCCACUCUCGACGACCUAGACGGGACUCGAGCGUUCAUCAUGGCCACCACCAUACUCUUCCCAAGAAAGCUGGCAAGAAGGACAGCCACGGCCAUAACCACGCUGAUAUGGGUAUGAAUGCUAUGAUUCUCCACGUCAUUGGAGACAUGCUUGGCAACAUAGGUGUCAUGGUCACGGCUCUCAUUAUCUGGCUGACGGACUGGCCUGGUAAAGUCUACGCUGAUCCCGCCGUCUCUCUCUUCAUCACUGCUAUUAUCCUCAAGACCUGCAUUCCUCUCACCCGAGGCACCGCUCGUGUUCUUUUACAAGCUACUCCUGAGCAUAUCAGCGUCCCUGAGAUUAGACAAGACAUCGAAGCUCUUCCCGGCGUUAUCACCUGCCACCAUAUUCAUGUCUGGCAACUCUCAGACACCAAACUUGUCGCUAGUAUGCACCUCCAAGUGUCUUUCCCCAUUGAUUCUCACAGUGGCGAGAAGUACAUGGAGCUGGCUCGGCGAGCUCGGAAGUGUCUUCAUGGGUUUGGCAUUCACAGCGCUACGAUACAGCCUGAGUUCUGCUUCGACCAGAAGCACUCACACGAAGCAGAAGCUGCUGCUCUGUCCCUAGACGGUCCUGUUGAUAUCAAUAAGGGUGAUAGUUGCCUCCUUGAGUGUAUCGACGACUGCCAGGCCCAGGGUUGCUGCCCUGCCGACUCGUCGUCCAAGGCUUCGUCAACAAGACGAUGUAGUCAAUCGUCGCACAGCUCUACCAGCCCUCAUACGCACGAUCAUGACCACGGCCACGAUCACGGCAACAACCACCAGCACUAAUCCACUACCCAGCACAUCAGGUUUUGUUCCGGGCUUUGCUUGAAGUGUGUUUUUGGCCCUUGGCAACCGCCCCUAUUUUCUGUCUUUGCUACAUACUACGAAUAAUUUCUCCUUGGUCCUUAAACUAAAAGGGUUUGGCGUUCUAUCGUGCGGAAAGACAGACUCUCUAAUAUGGGGCAGUCUUAUUGUUGGGCAGCAUUUCGCACGAGAAUAUGUGGUAUUCGAGAGGUAGAUGGUACCUUUUGUUUUGUUUUGUAUGAUAGAUAGUGGUAGGCAUCACGCGGAUUGAAAUUUUCUUUUUCUCACAGCAUUUAUUCUCACAGUGUUUCGCCAUGGACGGUUUUUAGCUUGCGCUAUUGUGCUAGAGCAAGGAUGUGUAUUCGAGCUUUUCCUGCGCAAUAUGGCAUCGUCCGUAGAGGCACGAUAUUAAUCACUAGCAAUGCACGUCUGUUUAUUUAUUUAUUUUGAAAAUAUCCUCCAGGUGGUACAUGCUCAAUUUUCUCAUUCAUAAAGGGCGACAACCAAUACCUACGCUUGCGGCGGAAGAAUGAGUUCAUCACGGCUCCCAACUUCGAUGACGCCUGCGUCACCCUUGAACAGAUACUCCACGCGAAGAGUCUUGUCCAAGCCCGGAGCUGGGUCCCAGAAUCCUGGUAGGCGGCUCUUGCGCACGCCAUGGGGGAUCACUAGGGCUGGGCCGCUGGAAUAUGAUGAUUCGUUGAUAAGAGCGGCAACGGCAAUUGUGACAUCGGCAACUUGAUCGCUCGUUGCGAUGAUGCCGUAUUCAUCAGGGAUGCCGUAUUUAGCAUUGAGGAUAACGAGACCACCAAGUGUCAUCUGACGCUUCUGGCGACCCUCUAUUGGAUGUGCGAGGAGUGUUGUGAUGUUGUCUGCCUCGUAUCUAUGCCGAGCAAUGGCGACUGGUGCCCCAGUUGAAGAGACAUCUGAGCGAACGCGGCGAUGAGAUCGCGAAACUCGCUGACGGCGACGAUAGUUGAGACCAAGCUGCACUGCCGCAAGUCCAGCAAAGGGUAGGGCGCAGGCCCAGAAAAGGACACUAGACCCAAGAAGCGACCGUGGUGCUAUGAGAAGCGGGACACCGAGACGCUGACCAAGGCGGGACCAGUAGACGGAGAGGUGAAGGUUGUGCAGACUGAUGCCGACUUCAAGACCAACACGUGCGAAACGGCCAACAGACCACAGAUUGCGGAGGGCAAAAUACUGGUCUUGGAAUGUGUUGGAACAAAGCUCUGCCUCCACACGGGCUGAAGAGGGUAGACCAGGAUCCAGUGAUGUCGGAGGAGUUUGGAAAGGUAGAGUCAGGUCUUUGCUGUAUCGGACAGCGCCGGCCAAUGAAGUUGGUGUAGUAGAUGCAGAGACUGCCCAGCUUCCAUGCUUGCAAGAAUUAAUCUCGUAGUCGAGACCCCUAAUACCGCCCUCAUCGCCAGGAGAGUCGGACGAGCCUGAUACAGGUAAUCGAUCUAAUGGUCCUGUACGGAAGCCUAGCUCGAGGUUCGGGGUUGGUCCAGGGGCUUCGGCGUUGAAGAAGUCUGGACUGAUUCUUGAGUGUUCAGAGAAAAAAUGAGAGUAUUGAUUGGAUCCAAAGCUCCAGUCGCCACUGUCUGCGCGCAGGAAUCCUGUUCCGUGUCGCAGAUUCUGGUAGAGACCUAGAGCAACACGCGGUUGAAUCGACGAGGAAUCACGCGACGAUUGUAUACUAGCCUCGGCUAUGGUUGGCUCUGAGAAUUUGGGGAGGAGAAAGUGAUGAUAAAGACGGCUUGUGACGGAGAACUCUGGCAGAACAUCUGACUCGAGCUCAACAGCAGUCUUGAUCCACCUAAGCUUAUCAGGGGACGAUGAAGGUGAGCGGUUCAAAAACUCUUGUCGAUGUCGCAGAGAGGCCAACGGAGCGAACUUGUUCUCAACGAGUUGUAUGAGUCUCUGUCUGGUGAUUGGCAGGGGUAGCAGAGGCUGAUAUCGAUCGUACAAGAGUGAUGUUGGUACCAAGGACAGAUCCCGUGUAAUGCCGUAGGUAGAUCCAGUCACAGUCACAGUGGGUAUUGCGACUUGGAUUCGAGGCUGUGAUGGACUCUCGAUUGUCUCCUUCUCUUCCUUUGAAGCAAGACUUGCGAGUCGUGUAACUUGAGAUUGAAGAAGCUUCUGAAGUGCUGGUAGGUCGACAGUGACGGAAUGACUGAGAGAAAAGUCAAGGAUUUGCAGCCCUGAGGCGCCACGUCCCGACCCAGAGGCAUCAAGUCGGAUUCCUAGAUCAGAGCUUGUCUGUAUGCCGUUCUGUAACCGGUCCCAAACAGCUUCUUUAAAGGCGACUUCGUAUGCUGAUUGUGAAGCGCCUGUCUCUUCAGCUUCCAGGAACUGGUCUAGGUCAUACUGAGCUCGUCGCGCAGGGUCAAUGAGUGUUUCGAAGGCAUCCUGAACACGGAGGAAUUGCUGAUGAGCUACGGGGCGCAAAUGCUCAGGAUAGCUGUCCGGGUAAAAGAGGAUAAACAGACGGUAGUAUGCGCUCCGGAUCUGCUGUUGCGACAACUCCGAAGUGUCUCGUGGGAGACAAAGUAGGUCGUAAAAAUUAUUGUAGAGAUCCUCUGCUCCAAGUGCUGGAUCUUGUGUAUGAGGCACAGGUCCGUAGCCUCCUUCAGUUGAGCUCAAGGCAGCCUUCUCAUCGAGGUCUGGAUCUCCCGUCUCGGAAACAGCACUCGUUCCACGCUCGUAGAUCGAACUAGCAUCAUCGUCCCAGAAUGCGAACUCCUGCUUUGUAGCAGCGAACUGUUCGUUGAGGGAAAAGCGAGAUGGAGCAGCUCGAAGAGCUUGCGCAGCAGCUGGGGCGCCUGAAGACAGGCGGUGCUCAUCCAAAUUGGCUGAAGAGCGCACUGGAGAGUUUCUGGAGACGCCACGACGAGGACGAGCGCGGGGCACUCGAAGACUUUCGCGGCGGGUGUCUCUGUCGUGGGGCAUGGUGUCUGUCUGUCUGUCUGAUUGAUGGUGUUGAGAGAGAGGCAGACGACUAACUCUCCAUUGAGAGAGGACAGAAUAGAGCGAGUGAGUAGACUACAGAUCAAAAUGGUAGAGACGUCACCGCCUCGGACUGAUGGCAGUGAGUGAGUAAGUAAUUCUCCAAUCACGACACAUAAGAAAGCGGAUGGAUCAUUCAAAGACCCCUCGCACGAUCCCGAUGUGGGUUGAUCCAUUGUUGGGAGUUGGAGAAGUUGUUAGGCCACUAAUGUAAGCACCUACUGACGCAAACUACAGGGAUUAUGUCCUAGGAAUGUACAGUAUAGUUCAAUAGGGUAUAUUGGCAAGGAGAAUUGAGAUUCACCGUCUAUUUAUCAAACUCUAUACUGAGCUCAUGGAAUCAAACAAAGCUACCAAAAUAGCAAGUAAUGAGAGAAAUAACACUUACAGC